AUGUUCAUUUGUCGGCACUUACUGCUCCGAGCAUAUGUACCUCGACGUCUCCCCGCACCUCUUGUUAUCCGACGACUCCUGUCAGACUCCUUUCGCGCCCCAGACAUACCACAAAAUGCGCCCGUCGCUCCACAGACACAAACACAGACGCAGACACAGUUGGCGGACAUCUUGGGUCCGGACGACGUUGAUGAGGAAACCACACAGCUCUCUGAGAGGAGUGCCCAAGGUGCUGAUGGAAGGGAACCGGCAGCGGCGAGACGCCCUGCGCACUUGGGCGGAGGUACAUCUACUACCAUGCAGACGGAAGCCACGCCACCAGACGAGCAAGACGAGGGUUGGGCAGAGGACACGUAUCAUAUCCGUUCAAAGGAUGAGAUACUGCAGGACUACUACGCCUCUCGCAACACCGACCGUUCUCCGGUCGCGUCGCGGGACCUUCUCGAGUUCCGCAGAUUGCUCUACGUGGCGCGGAACCGGGAUCUCAGACACGUCACUCACAUGCUCGUCACUGACUUGCGAGGCUCUCUUCUUGAGCCGAGGAUGUUUGCCGGGUUCGUCGAAAGCUUACUCUAUGCGCUCGUCAAGCACCAGAGGAUCGUCACAAAACGUGACGUCCUUUCUCUGUUCCAGGAACUCGAAGCCCGUGGUGGGCUCCAUUUAUUUCGUGCGCGGCGCAAGCUCCAGAUUAUCAAGGCAAUAAUGGGCAUGCCACCGGAACCUGAGUUCGACCUGCCGCUCCGCGACUACAUGGUUACUCUGCUUGUGGACAUGCUCGUGAAUCCCAACGAGGAAAUACCUGCAGAUAAGCGUGCGAUGUCGUUUCGGGCACUCUGGCCUCUGUACCGUUUUGUAUAUGGCUUAGCCAAGAUGGGCGAGCGAGAGCGUGCGCAUAAGCUCAUCCAGACAUUGGUGAAGACGGAGAACCUGUCCGGCGAGGCUAUCAACAACACAGACCUGGAAUCAGGAGACUUCACGUAUAUUAUUCUCUCCGCGACCGUGCGUUCUUGUCUGCUGUGGGGUUGGCGCAGGCGUGCUUCGUGGCUUGUGGUAAACUCCAUGCCUACCGAAGAGAAAAUCAGUCCUCCGAUGGCUGAACUCGCUAUCGAUCUUCUUUCAUGUCUGCUGGAGCCUGCGCAAGCGUGCGACAUCGACACCGCUGCCUCGAUCGUUAUGCAACUUAUGGAGCGCGGCACUGCAGGUUGUGUUCCCCACGAUAUCUUGCAGGAGUUCUACAACGCUGCGCAGGAGCUCGAAAGGCCGGAACUUGUUCAGUCUGUCUACAGUCUAUCGCGUAAUCGAGCGAUUCGAGAGAAGUAUUCGUAUCCUCCACCUGGGAUAAAACUGCAGCUAUGGUUCAUGCAGCAUCUCGCUACGAAGAGCAUGAACUCACAUCUGGCGCGCGAAUUCGCGACGCAGAUUGUGGAAGAGGGCAUCCCCGUGCACUUGCAGGACCGUGGCGCCUUUAUUGCUCUCGUCGCGUCGCAGGGGCUGGCGACGCAUGCCCGUACGUUGUGGGACCGUUACUCACAAGGCGAGGAUGGGGAAUUCGUUGUCGGCAAUGCGACAACGAUGGUGCGCAUGGUCAGUCUUUUUACUAGCUUAGCCAAGCGUAGGGAGCAGCUGCAGGCCAAGACUGCUUCGCUGGAGUCACGGUCACCCGAGUCUGAUGCGGACGCAGCUGAACUGUUGCACUCGGAAGCAUUACCGGGAGCAGAUCCACCCAGACAUAGUAACGACGCUCUUUCCCAGCCUCCGCUCCCUCGGGUGGACAUCCCAAUGGCAUCAGCAUCGGUAACAUCUGAAUUGACAGGAGAUACUGUCUCCGAGAUUGCAGAUGCUGUUGCCGCACUCACGCAUGCGUCCAUGGAUGGUGCACCUGGAGAAGCUGCACCGGCGGAAACUUCACGGACAUCGGCUGGCCCUGCGCAAUCGCACGAUCGCGCACGCGACACUGCACCCCACGUCACUCUGCCCCGGGAAGAGCUGGAACCUCCUGAAGAAGAGGCCACCACCAUAAACACCGAGUCCACUCCAGAGGAGCUCCGAGCAUAUGCCGAGCGUGUGCUCUCAGCGUUCCGCGCCAGCCGGCUGCUCAACGCGGCGAGCCAUCAGGACCUCAAUGCGACCGCGCGCGCGUGCUUCAUGCUGAAGCAGAUGUCCGAAGGCUUCUCCGCAUUCCGGAUGUUGCUGAACCGGCGGGAGGUGCCCGACGUGCACGAUGUAAACGUCGUGCUCGGCGUGCUGGCAGAGUACAGCCCGCAAGCGGGCGAGCGGAUCAUCGAGCGGAUGCUGCAGAAGGGCAUGAAGCCCGACGGGGUGACGUUCGGGACGGUCAUCCACCAUGCAGUGUUGCACGGGCAGAUGGAGGUCGUGUCAUCGCUCAUUCGGCGGGCGCGCUCGCUUAAUGCCGAGCAUCUGACGUUCAAGACGGUGGGGACACUGAUCCGGGCAAUGGUCUCUCAGCAGGCGGAGGAAGGCGAGGUGUCGCCGAUCGGGCGGCUGCACCACGCUCAGCGGCUGGUGGACAUGCUGCUGCAGGCGCACCAGGUGCCAUCGUCGAACAUGGGGCGCGACUGCGUCGUCGCGGCGCUGCGGGCGGACGACCCGCGCAUGGCGUUCCGGUUCUGGAAGCUGUUGGUGAAGGAGCAGGUGCAGUGGGACGACCCGAUGCAGACGGCGACGCGGCGAGUGAUAGCUGCGCGGGUGCGGCGACACUUGAACAGCGGGUGGUUGGAGCCGGAGCAGGGGCACGUUAUGCUGUCGGAGCUGGGCCAAGAGGUGAAGCGUCAAUACCGCCAGAUGUCUGCGUCUGUGGCGCUUCCUGCGCAGGAGGACUCGGAGAAGCCCAGUUGA